AUGGCGGACUGGUCCAUGAUUCCGUCUGCUCUCGUCGGCACCCUCACGGGGCUCCUGGGCUUGGCGGACCAAGUCCGGAUGGGCGCCGUCUGCAGGCGGUGGAGGCUUGCGGUGGCCGACGGCUUCUGCUGCCGGCCGCCUGCGCCGUCCCUGUGGCUUAUGCUUCCCAGCCGCGGCCCCCCCAUCGGCAAAGACCAGUUCGAGUUCGCGAGCUUCUCGGAGGGGAUGCGCAGAUACACAAUCCGCAUGGGCAUGGAAGAGCUCUCCGACAUGGUCUGCAUCGGGUCGUCGCAAGGUUGGCUGAUGAUGGCGGACGAGCUCCAGCAGCUCCAAGCAUUAAACCCAAUCACGAGGACCAAGCUCUUGUUUUUUACCUCCGGUGAUACUUCCUCCCUCGAUGAUCCCUUCUUCCGCCUCGUCUCGGGGAGAAGCUCGUACCGAAAGGCCAUCGUCGUGCCUCCGAGGGGUGGCCGCAGCAGCGACUCGGUCGUUGUGGCGGUUCUGCGGCGGAGAAACCAGAAGAUGUCGGAGCUGUCGUUUGCCGUCGCUGGCGAUGAUGAGUGGACGGAGAUUGAGGCGCCGAUGACCCGCUUUGAAGAUAUCGCCGCCCACGACGGGAAGCUCUACGCGCUUGGCGACACUGGUCGGGUCCUCGUCUGCGACUUCGGCGGCGAACCCCGUUCGUCUCCGGCGCCGGCGACGGCCAAGAUCGAUGUUGCACCCGAUUUGCGGCCGUAUUGCAGGGAAUACCUCGGGGUGAUGUCCGGCGACCUGAUCCUUCUCCGGUGGAGGUUCUACAGAGCCUGCCCGAUUCGCCGGCGGAGGUGUGUCCCCGAGUUCGAGGUCCUCCGGUUGCGGACGGGCCGGCGACCGGAGUGGGUCGGGCUCAAGGACCUCGCCGGUCACGCCAUCUUGCUGGGAACAGACGGCUUCAUUGCACUGCCCGCCGGAGAAUUCCGAGAGCUGAGCGCCGACUGCAUUUACUCCAUCGCCGAGCUCGCCGGCGACGACGCCGGCGACGGGGGUCUCACAGUGGUCAACCUGGCGAACGGCGCCGUGGGGUUUGAGCCCCUCUCCCUCGCUUCCUCUUCAGCUUUCUGGUUCCAGCCGACCCUGGGUUCUCACCAGAAGUAG